AUGAAGCGAUCUAUGGACAAAACGCCGGACUCCGAAGAGAAACGGGCUGAGGCUCAGUGUACUGUGACCCAAUUAUCCGAGGACGGUGGCUCCGUUGAAGAUGACUCGAGUGUAUUGGAAAGAAAGAUAGUUCUGCUCAACCGAGCCUUGGAUGACAUAGGAAUGGGGAAAUACGGGUGGUACAUCUUCCUUUUAUGUGGCUACGGCUACGCCCUCGAUUUAAUGUGGGCGCAGGCAUUUGGCCUUAUCGCAAGCUCUGCGCAGCAAGAGUUUGGUAUCUCUGACACGCAGUUUGGCAACAUCUUCACCGCUUUCAACACCGGGCUGACUGUAGGAGCGUUCACCUGGGGAUUACUCGUGGACAUCGUGGGCCGCAAGUGGGCGUUCAACUUCACUGUAUUCAUUGCAAGUAUCUUCGGGCUUGUUCUCGGAACAGCACCGAGCUGGAAUGCCCUAUGUGUUCUUGGUGCUUUCACGGGCUUCGGCAUUGGCGGAAAUAUCCCUAUAGAUGCAUCCAUUGUCUUGGAGUUCAUCCCCCAGAAUCGGCGCUAUCUUCUGGCAGCCUUAUCCGUGUUCCAGCCGCUGGGGAUGGUCAUAUUUUCCCUCAUUGCCUGGGGCCUUAUCCCUACCUAUAGCUGUAGCUCCGCUCUUCCGUCUUGCUCGCAGGUUGCAAGCGGCGCUGCGUGUUGUACGAAGUCCAGUAAUAUGGGAUGGAGAUACAGUGUCUAUACUUUAGGAGGGAUCACGUUGCUGUGCUUCUUCCUGCGGUUCAUUGUAUUCAAUUUCCAGGAAAGCCCGAAAUUCCUUCUUUCGAAGGGACGGGACGGAGAGGCCGUCGCCGUUGUUCAUCGGAUCGCCACUAUCAACGGAACGUCCUCGACGUUAAGCCUUGAUGAUCUACGGGCCAUAGAUGGAGUACACGGCAAAAGAGACGCUGGACCAUCCGGCCGUCUGCAUGUCACCAAUCUGAGACACCUGAGGGGAUUCCUCUCUAGCUGGCAGAUGGCAAGGUUGACGAUCUUCACUUGGUUAACAUAUAUCUUCGACUAUGCCGCCUUCGCUAUCGCUGGGAAUUUCCUCCCGACCAUCCUACGACGGAAAGGAGCGGUGUCUGGCCAAUCUGUGUCAACCACCUAUCGCAACUACAUCGUCAUCUAUGCGCCUGGUAUCGUGGGCGUCAUGGUUGGGGCAGCAGCAAUCCAGAUCCCGCACGUCGGGCGCAAAUGGGUCAUGACAGUGUCUGCAACGCUCAUGGGAAUCUCGUUAUUCCUCUUCGUCGUCAUAGACUCUCCUGCUGCGAAUGUCGGAUUCAACAUGAUGGAGUAUUUCUUCCAGUCCAUGUUCAAUGCCGUCCUAUACGGUUGGACUCCGGAGGCGUUCCCCUCAUACUUCCGGGGUUCUGCUUGCGGCAUCGCUAGCACCUGGGGCCGCCUAUCCUCCAUUAUCGCUCCCAUAAUAGCAACGCAUCUGCUAGCGACGUCCGCCAACGGCGUACUAUAUCUUGCUGGUGGCGCUGCUCUUCUCUCAGCAGCUUCCACUGUGUUCCUCACGGAGACCUCCCGAAGGGACGCAAUGUAA